CUGAACGCAACCCAAGUGUUCAAUAGAUUUCAAAAACAACAAUCAAUUGAAGCAAAAAGUUAUGAUUGGAGUGAUUUCGAUGACAACACUCUGCGACAGUUUCAAAAGAUAGCUCUAAUUGGAAGCGCUGUCUUGGAGGGCAACGACGGCUUAACAUACUCGCGGGUCUUAAACGAGAUGCAAACCAUUUAUAGCACAGCAAAAGUAUGUCUCGGAAGCAAAUGCGGUCUUGAAUUAGAACCGGAUUUGACUCAAAUAAUGGCUACUUCUGGCAAUUAUUCAGAACUAUUAGAGGCGUGGGUUAAAUGGAGAGACGCUUCGGGUAAACAAAUGAGAAAUAAAUUCAUUACAUAUUAUAGUUUGGGUAAUAAAGCGGCACAACUUAAUGAACUCCCAAAUACAAAAUUCGAGACAUUGUCUGAUGUGUGGCUAUUUCAAUGGGAAACGCCUGACAUUAGGCAACAAACGUACAAAUUAUUGCAACAAUUAAUGCCAUUCUAUCAGAAACUUCACGCAUACCUCCGGAUCAGACUAAGCGAUGCAUUGCCCACCAGAAUGCCGACAGAUAACACCAUUCCCGCACAUGUAUUGGGCAAUAUGUGGGCUCAACAAUGGACUCAUACCAUGAAUACAGUUAAAGGCGUCGACCCUUACCCUCAAAUCGAAACAAUCGAUGUGACCGAUGCUCUCAAAGCACAAAACUAUAGCGCCCGCAAAAUGUUUCAACUCUCCGAUCAGUUUAUUAAAGAUCUAGGUUUGGAUGAAAUGACAGAUCAGUUUUGGGAGAAUUCUGUAUUUGAGAAACCAAAGGAUGGCACAGAAAUGCGUAUUUUCAGUCACGCGUCGGCCUAUGAUUUCUAUACCACCGAUGACUUCAGUUUAAAUAAAUUACCCAGAAUAAAACAGUGCACUCGAGUCGAUAUGGAGAGCUUUAUACGAGUGCAUCACGAAAUGGGUCACAUCGAGUACUACAUGCAAUACAAACACCAGCCCAUCGUCUAUCGUGAGGGCGCUAAUCCAGGUUCUGCCUUUCCGAACCAAUUGAUUGCCUAUUAUUUAGGAUUUCACGAAGCGAUUGGAGAUGUGUUGGCCCUAUCCGUGUCCACACCUAAACAUCUCAACAAAUUAGGACUUUUAAGAAUCACUGACUCUUUGGAUUCACACAAAAUGAACAUUAAAUUCCAAUUGAAAAUGGCUUUAGAGAAAGUCAUUCUUUUGCCCUUUGCUUUCAUUGUGGAUAAAUGGAGAUGGGACGUUUUCUCUGGCAAUGUCUCAAACCGAGACCUAAACAGGCACUGGUGGACAUUGAGGGGACAGUAUCAGGGUAUCUCUCCACCUGUUAAGAGAAGUGAACAUGACUUUGAUCCCGGUGCUAAGUUUCAUAUUGCUAAUAGUAUUGAAUACAUUAGAUAUUUUGUGUCCCAAAUACUUCAGUUUCAAUUACAUAAAUCUCUUUGUGGUUUCGGUCAAAAACAUGUUCCUCUCUAUGAGUGCGAUAUUGACGGCGACAAAGAGGCCGGAAAUAAAUUGAAAGAAAUAUUGUCAUUGGGUUCCUCCGAAAGAUGGUCUCACCAAUUGAAAAGACUGACAGGAAGUAUGGAAAUGGAUGUCAAACCACUGCUCGAGUAUUUUAAACCACUACAAGACUUUCUGGACCAACAAUUAGAGGGAGAAGAAAUUGGAUGGGAUUUUAAUGUCGACGAUUACUUCUACUAAACAUCG